AUGAGCAAGGAGCAGAAAGUCAAGUGGACUUGUCAUGAAUGUAGGAGUAAACAACCGAAGCUUGGCAACAUAAAUACACCAGUGCGGAAUGUCAAGGAGGGCGAGGCAAACCCAUCUAAUUUAUAUGAUGAAAACACUGGUUUGGAUAACAUUACCUUUAGAAAGAAGCAAACGGAUGACUGCCAGAAGACACCUGUUUGCAGCCCGGGUUCCGCCAGCUGCGCCACGAUUAAUAGAGAUGACGCAUUUAUUUCUGCUGUAAGCGAUAAAGUUCUCAAAGCGCUUAAGUCCGAGCUUCCUGCAAUGAUUUCAUGUGUUCUGAAAGCUGAACUAUCUUCAAUUAAGAAUGAUAUAUUAGAGUUUCGUCAAUCAGUUGACUUUUUGAGCACUAUGCAUGACGAAAUGAAGAACAUGGUAGAAACCUUGGUCAAGGACAAUGCAACGCUAUCUAAGGAAAACACCACCUUAAAAACCACAGUGGCUGAAUUAUCCGAUCGACUGAAUAAUCUCGAACAACAUCUACGGGAAAAUAAUCUGGAGAUACAAGGCUUACCCGAACACCAUAAUGAAAAUCUACCAAGUCUUCUUAAUCAAUGCUCUAAAGGUCAUAGGUUACGACUUGAAGGAGGGUGA